AAAAAUUGCUUACGGAGACUGGAGAGCGACACUAUGAUACGAAAAUGAUUAAUGCAUCAUUGCUCAUGCAUAAUAACCUAUUUUGAUAAGCCUGCUAAUAAGCUAAUAAUAACAAAAUGAAUGACAUAAGUUUCAUUAUUUUACAAUCAACAUAAUUUGAACAACUUCUUGCGAUGUAUGCUAAAUAGUUGUAGGUUAGAUGUUGAUUUGGGAGUGUAAUGUCUUAAUAGCCUCAUUGUACAGGGAUUUGUUUAUUGUAAGCAGACUACAUCUUGGCGAUCUGUCAACAAACGAACGAGGGGAUUCUGCCCCGGGUGAUUCGCGUUAGCGUUGAUUGCAUUCGUUUUGGAACCGCCUUGCCUCCCGGGUGUGAGCCAGGUGUCCCGUUUUGGACUGCGAAAUCGGCUCAAAACAAAAGUUCUGUGUGUAGGAUUUUGUGUUCACACGCAAAAUAGAUUGCUUAGGAUAACCACUUAAACUGCCUUCCCAAUGAAAACUAGUUUGAAAAUGCUAUUAUAUUUUAUGGAAAAUAUAUGUACGUUUAUGAAAGCUGCAUCAUGCUGCCUUGUUGACAAUAUUACCGAGUGGAGCAGAUUAGCCUAUACUGUUCGAUUUGAGGCUCCUCCCUCACCGCUUUUAUCCGUUUGUCACGGGCCAUAGCCCGGUGCACUUAAUCAUGUCCCUCAAUAUGUGGAGAGAAAAAAACGCUAUGACUGUCCAUGCGGGCGCACGCUUAUUGGCUAGUCCCACUGUGCCUACAGGUGGAGUCCCUCCUUGGUGCGCAGAAGACUGCCCACUAUCAUCGGCGAGUAUAAAGCUUAGACGCGAUUAAUUUUAUUAUCAAACUGCCCGAACCUGCUCUUUGCCAUUUAACAAAGAUGAGCUCCAACGAAUCCGCUGCGGGAAUUGCGCACGUCUACAGGGGAACAUUUGUGCACGCCACCUAUCACACAGCCGUGGAAAUUCUGGAGGAUGGGCUACUGGGAGUCGACACCGAGGGAAAGAUUGCUUUCAUUGGGAGUGGGAAGGAAGUGGACCGUCUGUCACAGAAGUGGGGUUUUGAGGCCUUUGCUGUUACACAGCUUGGACAGCAUGAGUUCUUCAUGCCAGGGAUGGUGGACACCCACAUCCACGCAUCUCAGUACAGCUAUGCAGGCACAGCCCUUGACAUGCCCCUGCUACAGUGGCUCAACAUGUACACCUUCCCAGUGGAGGCCUGCUACAAAGACCUGGAGUUCGCCCGCAACGUCUACACCCAUAUUGUGAAAAGAACCCUGAGAAAUGGUACGACUACGGCCUGCUACUUUGCCACCAUACACACCGAUGCUUCUCUCCUUUUGGGCCAAAUCGCAAACGAUUUUGGACAGCGUGCCCUUGUGGGUAAGGUGUGUAUGGACACAAACAACUUUUUCCCACAUUACAAAGAGACGCUAGACGAGUCCGAAGGGGAAACUAACAGGUUCAUUGGUGAGCUCUUGAAGAAGAAGUACCCCCUUGUGAGGCCAGUGGUGACCCCGCGCUUCGCCCCGUCCUGCUCCGCCACUUUGCUGGGCCACCUGGGAGAGAUCGCCCAGAACAACGACCUGCACAUCCAGAGUCACAUCAGUGAGACGAAGGAGGAGGUGAAUCUGGUGAAGGAGCUGUUCCCAGACUACGACUCCUACACAGAUGUCUACCACAGACACAACCUUCUCACAGACAAGACGGUGAUGGCUCAUGGUUGUCACCUGACCGAUGGAGAGCUGAAGCUGUUCAGGGAGACCGGGGCGUCCAUCGCUCACUGUCCCAAUUCCAACAUCUCGUUGUGCAGUGGUAUGCUAGAUGUCCGCAGGGUUCUGAACCACAAAGUAAAGCUAGGGCUUGGCACAGAUGUGGCAGGAGGAUACUCUCCUUCUAUGUUGGAUGCUGUGCGGAGAACACUGGACACCUCUAAAGCCUUGACCAUCCAGGACACCCAGUACCACACGCUCACCUUCGAGGAGGUCUUCAGACUGGCCACACUGGGAGGCAGCCAAGCCCUGUCCCUGGAUGAGAAUACAGGAAACUUUGAGGUGGGGAAAGACUUUGAUGCUCUGCGGGUGAACACGGAUGCGGCAGGAGGACCCAUUGACCUCAUCAAUCACGGGGAGGGGCCUAAGGUGCUCCUGGAGAAAUUCUUGAAUUUGGGGGAUGAUCGUAAUAUUGUGGAGGUGUACGUGGCAGGGAAGCGAGUGGUCCCAUUCGUAGAGAGACCAUAGAUUUGGGAUUUGUUGUUGGCUUGUUGUCAUCUGUCCCAGUCAGAACCCUCUGCCAGUCUACCUGACUGCUUUUGUAACAGGAUACGAGGUGAUUGGAAAAUGUGUUCAACUGGAGGGAUUAUUACGAUGCGUGUUCAGUCAUCUUAUGUACUUACAUACAGUACAAGCCAAUAGAUGGUAUUGCUGUUAAGUGAUACUUGCAAGACCAUUGUGCAGGUUAUGGUUUUCUUUUAAGUUGUUACAUUGUUUCCCAUGCACCUGGGUCUUUUUUUACAUUUCUAAGUCAAGGGAAAUGUGUGUGUGUUUCUGAAUGCAUUUGUAGCUUUGUAUGUGUCCAGCUUAAAUUCUUCUUAAACGUAAAACCCACAAUGUAGCUUUAGGAGACAUUCUAAUAUAUUGAGUCUAAUAAAUGUAUAAUGUAUCCUUGUUGAUUAUGAUCAUUGACUGUAUUUAAAUCUUUAUUUUAUGUACUUGGUUUUACCCUAUGUUAUUGUGUCACUGCUGUUCUGUGCUACAGUGCUGAGUUCUGUAACAAAAGCUACAAACUAAAAAGGGAAAAGAUUUUAGAAAUA